GAAAAACAAGUGGCCAUCGAAUAGAAACCACGCCCUGGGCCGCGUGGUUAUAUGGACCGCUACCAAGUGAGGAAAGGGCCAUGCGGUUCCUGGUGAAUCGUACAACGUGCUCCAGGUUAUGCCCAUGGCGCAUGGUAUCGCGUGCCACUGCCCACAUUGCAGGCGUUCCCUACCAUAUCACCUCACUUGCCUAUAAAUGCUGUGCCCACUCCAGUCAGCCCCAAGGUCUUCUAGCUGACUGUUGAUCACUCCCAUCGCACUUCUGCAUCUCUACCCUGGUAACUGUCAAGAGAUUGCUAUAGCAAGACGUCAACCACAAUGAAGUCCACGUCUACUGUUGCAUCUGUACUCGUGGCUGCCUCUGUGGCGUAUGCCCAGGUUGCCAACGUCUCCGAGCCAACUCUUGUUACGAUCAGGCAUAAUCAGGAUACCAUCAAACCCUACUCUCCCGUUUCCAACGUCCAGGGCCUUGCCUUUAACCGCUUCUACCAGAUCUGGCUUGAAAACAUCGAUUACGAUGAUGCGGCCGCCGAUUCCAACCUGCAGUGGCUCGCCAAACAGGGAAUCACGCUGACCAACUACUUCGCGGUCACCCACCCUUCCGAGCCCAACUAUUGUGCCUCGGCUGCGGGUGACACCUUUGGUAUGGAUAACGAUGACUUCCACCAGAUUCCCGCCAACGUCUCGACCAUUGCGGAUCUGCUGGACACCAAGAACAUUUCCUGGGGAGAGUACCAAGAGCACAUUCCUUACCCUGGAUUCCAGGGCUACAACUACUCCAACCAGGUCACCUAUGCCAAUGAUUAUGUGCGCAAGCAUAACCCUCUGGUGCUGUUUGACUCGGUUGCCGAGAACAGCACUCGCUUGCGCCAGAUCAAGAACUUCACCAGCUUUGAGGACGACUUGGCCAAAAAGAAGCUCCCCCAGUAUGCCUUCAUUACCCCUAACAUGACCAACGAUGCGCACGAUACCAACAUCACCUUUGGUGCCAAGUGGGAGCGCAACUGGGUCCAGCCUCUGCUCAACAACUCUUACUUCAUGAACGACACCCUGCUUCUUCUCACCUUCGAUGAGGAUAGCACCUAUGCCAAGAGCAACAAUGUGUUUAGUAUUCUCCUGGGCGGGGCUAUCCCCGACAACUUGAAGGGCACCACGGAUGAUACCUUCUACACCCACUAUUCCAUCAUCGCCUCCGUCUCUGCUAAUUGGGGUUUGCCAUCUCUUGGACGCUGGGACUGCGGUGCCAACCUACUGGAGAUUGUGGCGAAUAAGACGGGCUAUGUCAACUAUGAUGUUGACACCACGAACCUGCGUCUGAAUGAGACCUACCCUGGCCCAUUGUCCAUUGGCGAAUACUCCAAGUACUCUCCCGUGUGGCCGAUUCCCUUGACCAAUGCCACCUGCUCGGCCGGUCAUGGCAUUCUGGACAUUGUCAAGGAGACCUAUGCCAACACCGAGCCAACCUACAACUAUACCAGCCCUUUCCCCUAUGACACCAAGGCCGGCUACAAUGUUGAUGUCACGGCGACCAGGAAGAACUCCACCAAGUCUUCCAACUCCACAUCGACUUCCUCUUCGGCGACUGCUAUCGCCAAUGCUGGAAUUUCUGUCAUGGCUCCCAGCGUUGCACUGACUGGUCUUGCUAUGGGCCUGAUGCUUAGCUUCCUGUGAACAUGGUUUGAUUUUCAAUCGGCGCGUUUGUCGGGUGUGAAUUUCAAUUAACGAACGAUACAGAACUUGGGAGAAAUGACUGUACUGACACCGAGAGAAAACGAGUCUAAUGUAUUCUAUGAAUGGUAAUGACAGUCAAAGUUCA